GUUUAGUAACGGUGAUGGGCUUGUGGGGAGCGUGCAAUCUGUUGAAACCGUCAAGUCCUCCAAAAACCCUCUUCCCAAUUCCAAUUCCCAAAGCUCUGAAACCCAAAACACAACCCAAAUGGAAGCCAUUAGAGUGUUGUUUGAGCAAGAGGGACCUCAAUCUCUCAAUUGUUUCAUUGCUUUUGGCGGCUGCUUUACCAAACACCGUUUUCAAAGUAGUGGCUCAAGAGCUGGAAGAGCUUCAGAGGUACACUGACUCAGUGGAGGGUUUCACACUCCUCAUACCCUCUUCUUGGAUUAAGGUCGAUAAAGGGGGUGCCACUGUGCUGUUUGAAGAGGAAAACAAAGGAGUCAAUAAUGUGGGGGUUGUGGUGAGCCCAGUUCGGCUCGAAAGCCUCAAGCAAUUUGGGAGUCCUCAGUUUGUAGCAGACAAGGUUAUACAAGCAGAAAAGCGAAAGGAAAGCACAAAGGAUGUUGAGUUGAUUGGAGUUGCAGAGAGGUCAAGCCAGGGAGGCUUACAAGUUUAUGAGUUUGAGUAUAUAAUCGAUAGCACCAGGGGGGGAAUGAAGAGGAUCUUCUCAGCUGCAUUUGUGAACUCUAAGAAGCUCUACCUCCUAAAUAUUGCCCACAUAGAUAAACCAGAGAGUCCUCUGGACUCGCACACAAGAACAAUGCUGGAACAAGUUCUUCAUUCCUUCGAUGCAGCACCUUUGACAUAAAACAACAUUGCUGUGCAUUCUUUUAACACAGGGACAGUGGACUUCAUAUUCUAUGGCUCUGCUCGAUUUUUAUAAAGCCCGAGGUAGCAGCCAUGGAAAAAGGGUGGUAACUCAUGAGGGAAUCCAAAUGGGAGAGAAUCAUCCUUAAAUAUUCCUCUCAAAGCUAAUGUAUAUGUGUAAGAUUACAAAGAAUUUAUUCCAGUUUUUUCUUGGAAUACAAUAAUGUCGGGAAUCAGUGUUAGGAUGGUGGUGGCUGAUGCUAGUUGGUGGUAGCAGAGCUGCCAUAUCCCAACUGCUACUUGGUGUCGGAGUUGCUUUUUCCUGCUGAAAUUUGAAAUAACAAUGGCAGUAGGAUGUAUAAGCAGAUCAAUUGGUAUAUUUAUGGAGCCCUUCACAGCUUCCAGCUCCCCACUUGUGUA